GGGCGUGGCUCGGGCAGGGGGCGUGGCCAGCGCGGGCGGGGCCGCGGGCGGGGCGCGCACCUGAGCCGCCGGCGCUUCACCUGUGCGGAGUGUGGGCGGGGCUUCAGCUACAGCUCCGCCUUCCUCAAGCACCGCCACGCCCACGGGGAGGAGCCGGGCGGCGGCGGGAGGAGGAGGAGGAGGAGGAAGGCGGGGCCGGGGCGGGGCUGCGCCCGCUGCGGGGCGGGGCUGGGCCAGGGACACGCCCCCCCGGCACACCUGAGCGGACGCGCCCCGGACACGGGCCUCACCUGGGACACGCCCCUCACCUGUGACACGCCCCUCACCUGUGCCACGCCCACGGCCUUCACCUGGGACACACCUGGCAGCGGUGCCACAGCCCUCACCUGUGCCACGGCCCUCACCUGGGACACGCCUGGCAGCGGUGCCACGCCCCUCGCCCGUGACACGGCCCUCACCUGUGCCACGGCCCUCACCUGGGACACACCUGGCAGCGGUGCCACGCCCCUCGCCUGUGACACGCCCCUCACCUGUGACACGCCCACGGCCUUCACCUGUGCCACGCCCACGGGCCUCACCUGGGACACACCUGGCAGCGGUGCCACGCCCCUCGCCCGUGACACGCCCCUCACCUGUGCCACGCCCACGCCCCUCACCUGUGCCACGCCCCUCACCUGUGCCACGCCCAUGCCCCUCACCUGUGCCAUGCCCCUCACCUGUGAUACACCUGGCAGCGGUGCCACGCCCCUCACCUGUGCCACGCCCACGCCCCUCACCUGUGCCACGCCCCUCACCUGUGCCAUGGCUGACGUUUGUGCCACGUCCCUCACCCUGGACACACCUGGCAGCGGUGCCACGCCCCUCACCUGUGACACGCCCCUCACCUGUGACACGCCCUCCACCUGUGCCACGCCCCUCACCUGUGACACGCCCACGGCCCUCACCUGGGACACACCCCUCACCUGUGAUACACCUGGCAGCGGUGCCACGCCCCUCACCUGUGCCACGCCCCUCACCUGUGCCACGCCCCCCACCUAUGACACGCCCACGGCCCUCACCUGUGACACACCUGGGAUCGGUUCCAUGCCCGUCACCUGUGCCACGCCCCUCACCUGUGACACGCCCCUCACCUGUGACACGCCCACUGGUGCCACGCCCCUCACCCGUGACACACCUGGGAUCGGUGCCAUGCCCGUGACCUGUGCCACGCCCCUCACCUGUGCCACGCCCCUCACCCGUGACACACCUGACGGUGACACGCCCCUCACCUGCGGGGAUUGUGGGCGGGGCUUCGGGGGAAGCUCCGCCCUCCUCCGGCACCAGCGGCUGCACCUGGGCUGAAAGGGAGCGGGACCGGGGAAAAUCCGGAACUGGAACCGGGACCGGGACUGGGAAAGAGCCAGAACCAGGACUGGAACCGGGACCGGGACUGGGAAAGAACCAGAACCAGGACUGGAACCGGGACCGGGAUUGGGAUCAGGACCAGGGAAAAUCCGGAACUGGAACCGGAACCGGGACUGGGAAAGAACCAGAACCGGGACUGGAACCGGGACCGGGACUGGGAAAGAACCAGAACCAGGACUGGAACUGGGACCGGGAUUGGAACCGGAACCAGGAUUGGAACCAGGAUCAGGGAAAAUCCGAACUGGAGCUGGAACCGGGUCCAGGACCAGGGAAAAUCCGGAACCAGAACUGGGACCUGGACUGGGAAACUCUGGAACUGGAACUGGAACCGGGACCGGGACACAACCAGAACCAGAACUGGAACCGGGACUGGGACUGGAUGGGACCGGGACCAGGGAAACUCUGGAUCCAGAACUGGGACCAAGAAAACUCCGGAACUGGAACUCGGACCUGGACUGGGACCAGGAAAACUCCGGAACUGGAAUCAGGACUGGGAAAUAACUGGAACUGGAUUCCUCUGGAAGCAGACCGGGACUGGAACCAGGACCGGGAAACGUCCAGGACCAGAACCAGGAGCCUCCAGAACCGGGACCGGGACCCCCCGGAACCGGGGCCGAGCCCCCCCGGGCCGGAGGGGCAGGAGGGGGAAGGACUCUCGGGGACGUUUCCGUGCCCGCGGUUUUGGGGGGACCCGGGACCCCCAAAUCCAUUCCAGCCCCCCUCCAAUCCAUUCCGGACCUUUGGAAUCCGUUCCUGACACCCCAAAUUCAUUCCGGACCCCCGAAAAUCCAUUCCUGACCACCCGGAAUCCAUUCCUGACCUCAGGAAUCCAUUCCAGACCCCCAGAACCCAUUCCUGACCUCGGGAAUCCGUUCCAGACCUCCCAAAUCCAUUCCGGACUCCCCAAAUCCAUUCCGGACUCCCCAAAUCCAUUCCGGACUCCCCAAAUCCAUUCCGGACCCCCUGAAAUCCAUUCCUGAGCCCCAGAAUCCAUUCCGGACCCCCCCAAAUCCAUUCCAGACCUCCAAGAAACCAUCCCAGACCCUGGGAAUCCAUUCCAGCCCCCCUCCCCCCCCACCCCCAAAUCCAUCCCGGACCAAAAUUGGGGAAAACGACCCCAAAACCUCCGUGGGGGGCGCCCCCCGCCCCUCCCCCCUCAGUAAAGACCCCUCCAUGUC